CGGCGGGGAGUCGGGAGCGCGCAGGCGCGGGCGGGCCCUGCGCGCAUGCUCGCGCGGCCGGGGUGCUGGGGAGGGGCAGACUUGCCAGCGGCGGGGUCUCCGCAAAGGCCGACCCCUGCCCUCUACCCGGCUCUCAGGCUGACCUCCAACUCCUGAGCUCAAGUGAUCCUCCGUCCUCUCCAGAGUAACUGGGAGUACAGAAAUCAUGAAUGGAGGAUCGCAAGUCCACGUUUUUUGGGGUGCUCCAGUUAGUCCUCUGAAAAUGACAGUAUCACAGGACACAACUGUAAUGGCCACUGCUGGCCCCUGGAAAGAAAUUCAGCUUUUGUACAAUCACCAUUCUUUAAGUCUGAAGGAUGAAAAACAUGAGCACAAAAAUCUUGAAAGUUAUCAAGUCCCGGAUACUGGCCCUCCAGACGUUCUUAGUGGCCAUUGUUUAGGAAACUCUCCGAAUAGAUCUGUUCAUGUGAAAGAUGAUGUUAUACGUCCUAUUUCUAAAACACAAAAUAUAAAAUUCCAGAAGAUUCACCCUUUGGGACUGAGUGAUGCAACUAACUCUAAUAUGCAUGCAUGUGGAUUUAAAGGCAGAGUUCAGCAUUUUACCAAAGAAGAAAAGCAUCAGAAGCUUCUCAGUGAAAAUAAGAAAGUCACAGAUAAACAACCUAAAGAGCCAGCAAAUAUACCUGGUCAGGAUUUUCAAAGAGAUUCCUCUCAGGUCUAUCACAAGUGUGCCACUAUAUUGGAUUUGGUUUGCAGUACCGAACAAAUUAACAUAGGGCUUGAAACAGUACAAACAAAAUGUGUGAAAACAGAACAUCAUGAAAUACAAAACCAGUAUCCCGAAUUCUUUUCUGAUAACACUGCAGGUAAGCCAAGCUCUGAAGGAGCAGUUAGGCAUAUCUCAAACCUUAACAUAUCUACUGAUACUGAAUUUCUCAGUAUAAUGACUUCCAGCCAGUUGGCUUUUUUAGCUCAAAGGAAGGAUAAAGGGCAGAAUUCUAUAAAUAAAGGGAGCGUCAGCAGGGUGGUUGAACCAAAGGCAUGUCAUGGGGAAAGUGGAACAACUGAAGCUAAUUUGAUUCAGCCUAAUGAUGCAGGAAGAUAUGAAAAUGGACAAAACCAAGCUUAUUCCCUUGAACUUUUUAGUCCUGUUUGUUCUGAAACAAAAACUAGCCACAUUCACAUAAACUCUAAAAAAGGUCCUGAAGAAAAUAUAGGAUCUCAAGAACUUUUCAGUUCUGAAGAUGGACUGCCACCAAAUGAGAUAUGUAUUGAGUUGUAUAACUCAGGAAUUUUAUGUUCCCAACUAAAUACCUUCCACAAAAGUGCUGCUAAAAGAAGUCAGUCCUCUGGAGAUAAACUGGGUCAUUCUAAAGCUCUGUCUGACGUCCUCCAAGUAUCUAAGAAAAUGAAGUUGAUUUCUGAUGCGGCCGAUUCUGCUAUAGCCAUGGACCAAAGGAAUGUGUCUGGAUAUGAGAAUAUUAAAAAAACAUCAUUAAUAAAAAAUUGUGAUUCUAAAAGUCAGAAGUAUAAUUGUUUAGUCCUGGUGCUAUUUCCAUGUCAUGUGAAAGAAAUAAACAUAAAAUCUGGACCAAAUUCUGGCUCUAAAGUACCAUUAGCAACAAUUACAGUAAUUGAUCAAUCAGAAGUUAAGAAGAAGGUUUUUCUGUGGAGGGCUGCAGCAUUUUGGGCACUUACAGUGUUUGUUGGAGAUAUAAUUUUACUCACAGAUUUUGUUAUUCGUGAGGAUCAAUGGGUUGGUGAGACAGUUCUACAGUCAACAUUUACCAGUCAGUUAUUAAAUCUUGGGAGUUAUUCAUCUGUUCAGCCCAAAGAAUAUUCCAAUAUAAUUAGUGAUGUUGUACUUCAAGACCUACUGGCAUAUGUGUCUUCAAAACACUCCUAUCUCAGAGACCUUCCUCAAAGGCAGCCUCAGAGAAUGGACAGUAUAGAGUUUGUAGAACUGGAGCAGCUUCAGCCUGACGUGUUAGUCCAUGCGCUACUAAAAGUUGUUGAUAUCACUGUACUGACAGAGGCGUUAUAUAGCUUUAGAGGACAGAAGCAAAGGAAAGUUAUCUUAACAGUGGAACAGGCCCAAGGUCAACAUUAUGUACUUGUAUUAUGGGGUCCUGGAGCUUCCUGGUACCCUCAACUUCAAAGGAAAAAAGAUUAUAUUUGGGAAUUUAAAUAUCUUUUUGUUCAGCGCAAUUGCCUACUAGAAAACCUAGAAUUGCAUACAACACCGUGGUCAUCCUGUGAGUGCUUAUUUGACGAUGACAUAAGGGCAAUUACAUUUAAAGCAAAAUUUCAAAAAACUACACCCUCCUUUAUGAAGAUGUCAAACUUGGCAACCCACCUACAGGAGAAGUGUUCAGGAAUGGUUCUAAUUAAAGCCCAGAUUUUAGAGCUGGCAUUUCCUAUUCUAGCAGCUCAGAAGCUAGUUCUAAAUGCUCACAGUUCUCUGAAGACUAUUUUCUCUUCUCUUCCCAACAUUGUGUAUACUGGCUGUGCAAAAUGUGGAUUGGAACUAGAAACAGAUGAGAACAGGAUCUACAAACAAUGUUUCAGCUGCUUGCCACUUACUAUGAAGAGAAUAUAUUAUAGGCCAGCUUUAAUGACCAUAGUUGAUGGUGGACAUGAUGUUUGCAUUCGUGUAGGAUCAACACUGAUAGAGAAGAUUCUGCUCAACAUUUCUCCAGACUGCCUCAACAGAGUGAUAGUGCCUUCCUCAGAUGUCACCUAUGGGAUGGUUGCAGCAGACCUGCUUCACUCCUUGUUAGCAGUCAGCGCGGAACCUUGGCUACUGAAGAUUCAGAGCCUUUUCAUGUUAGAUGAAAACAGCUACCCAUUACAGCAAGACUUCUCGCUAUUGGAUUUUUAUCCUGAUAUAAUAAAGCAGGGAGCCUUCUCUGAGGCCAGAUGAAGAUAUUGCAGGAAUAUCAAGGAAGAAGCAAUGAAAUGAUUUAUCUUUUGAAAUAAAUGAAUGACAGAGCUUUUGCUUUGGGUUUGUAAAUAAAUAUAUUUUACAAAGAAAAUUAUGCUAAAUAUAUAAAUUAAGACUUUUGUUCCUAA